AAAAAAAAUCAACCAAUUUUUUAAAAAUCUUAAAAUUUGAACAGAAAGUAAUGACAUCACUUGGCGUCUCUACUUGUCUUCUUCUGUGGUGUUUAUGUGUAAAUAAAAUCUACUGUCUCUCUGUGUCUUCUCAGGAAAUGACGUCUUAUCGCUGGAAGGUGCGUCUCUUCCUGUUUAACGUCAGCUGCUGUCUGGCCGCCGCGUACUUCUUCAGACGCCACAACAAGUACUGUGAGACGGGAGUCUACACGCUGUUCGCCUUCUUCGAGUACCUGGUGGUCUUCUCCAACAUGGCGUUCCACAUGACGGCGUUCUGGGACUUCGGGAGCAAAGAGGUGAUCGUGGCCACGCCCCCUGAGGACAAGCGGUACUGAGCGUCACCUGAGGACUGUUUUUAAAGAUCAGGUGACGAGAAACUGACCGCCGAGACACCAGGUCUGAACUUUACGUGAACACGUGAGCGUUACGAGAGAACGGAUUAAACUCGUCAUCAUUCCAGCAAACAGCUGAGUCAGCACGUCAGCGAUGACUCAGCAGCACAUUUACUGAGCUCUGUGGAGGACGAAGAAUGACUUCAGCACCAAUAAAUACCGAAAUAAAUACGGGAACGAAUAAACAGAUGACUCAUUAAAUAAAAAAGUAUAACAGA